AUGAAAUUUGCUUUGCUUCUGAUAUUUCUCUUGCUUCUCGACGAUGGACUUCCUAAGACUCUCAACGUUGGACUACUGUGUGCCUAUAACAAUACUGAAAUAGCUCAGUAUGUUGGAUGGAGACAAAUUGCUGGUGCUGUUGGCGUCGCAUGGGAUAAAAUCAAACAGGACGGUAUCUUACCUGGAUACGAUACUUUAAACCUGACAUGGGUGAUGGGUGAAUGUGUGGAAUCAACGGAUGCUGGUGCGGUGAUUGCUUGGGCGCAGUCGGGUGCAGAUGUGGUUUUAGGACCAGCUUGUUCUGCU